GAUAAUAAAAAUGGCGCGGUGGCUGAAUGUUGAAAAUGACUUGAAAACUUUGAUUUAUCAAACAACGGGAUUUCAGGAAGGCGAUGAAAAUUUUGCAAUAUGUGUUCAGUUUGCUAUGACAAACAUCAAGUAUCACCGAUUCCUGAGUGUUGAUAGCCAUAAAGUUACCAAAUCCAUCAAUGGCAUUUUGGAAAAGUUUGAGAUCCAUUCCCAGUUGGACAAAAAGGAUUGUCUACAGAGGCUAUGUGAGCAAUUUUUGUCCACUCCUUGUUUUGAAGGACGAGAUACUGGGAAAACUGAUACUCAUUACAGUUUGUUGAUGUUAUUACUCAGCAUUGGAGAAAACCCAACUCAUGCUACGUAUAUAGAGAAACCCAAAAUUCUUAAAGCACCAGAAGUAGUUGAUGACUUUGACUGGGGUGCUUAUCUACGAGAAGGUGAAGAGACAUUCUCGACAAUAUAUGCAGACUCAGAUUCCGAGUCUGACUAUGAUCCUCUGAGUGAUGAGGAAACAGUGGUUACAGUGGGUUCAAAGGCCAUGGAAAUUCCAGAAUCUCAAGAAGUGGAUUCCAGGAUAUCUACUAUUCUAUCAGAUGCCACCACAUUCCAUGUAGAAGAGGAACCAGACCCUAGGGAAUCUGGUAUGACCUGGUUGACUAGAAAUGUAACUGUCCAGUACUGGUGUGGUCAGAAUCGUCCAGAGGAUCCAGAAUCUAUGGAAAACUUGAAGAAAGAUUGGGAGAGGUACAGAGAGGCCACUGAUCCACUCUAUAGUAACCAGAACAAUAUUACAAUGUCAGAGAUUCAACUUCUUAGAGAAGUUUUGUGGAUUUUAGGAGGGGCUACAGAUUCCUUUGUAUUUGUAUUACAUGGGGAGGAGUAUAUUGUUCGAGAAAAUAUAUAUGUACAGCAUUUAACUGAUAAUUCUUUAGAGAGUUACCUGUCCAGCUUUGCUAAGUAUGGUUCUUGUGUUCAGCGUCUGUUACGCUUUGAGGAGGAGUCUAUUUGUGGGUCAUAUGACCUGUCAAUCACAGACAGUAAUAGACUGACAUGCCAGACGUAUCAGGCGUUUGCAAAUGCCAUUUCCAAUUUCAUCAAAAGUCUUCGGAAAGAACUGACCCAGCUAGAGAAAAGGAUUAUUAAACAAGAACAAACAAUGACUUUAGCUAUGCUCCAUGGUGAUUUGUCACCUUGGCUGAAAAAAACCGAAGUUGUACAUUCUGUGUAUAUCAGAGGAGUUCGUGAAGCUGGUUGGUUGGUGAAUAAUUGCCAGAGGGCUUCCCAUCUGCUCAGUGUCCUGUUUGAGACCGUAGUGGAAUAUGACACCCUAGGACAAAAUGCAUCAGAUAUUGUAGAACUUCUCAUACCCCUGUGGAUUCAGACAACCAAACCAUACAUAGAAGUAAUUGAUGAAUGGAUCACAAAUGGAAAUCUAGUGGACCCUAGAUCAGAAUUCAUCCUGAAAAGAAAUGAGGGUGUUAAAUCCCUAGACGAGAGUUUUUGGGAGACUGCGUUUACUAUACACGUACCAGCAGAUUCUACCUUACGAGACGGAAUUCAAAAGUCCCAGCAUACAGUCACAGACAACAGCCAAUCAAAAAGAGGCACCCAAUCUGUGGACAAGUCAUACGCAUCUUCUCAUUGGGCCCCUGAGUUUUUGGAGCCAGUUAUUUUAGAGGUCGUAUUGGCAGGAAAGUCAAUGGAAAUGCUGCAAGACCUCGGCAAGCUUGCUGAUGUUUGUGGAGUGACCAGGGAGAAGUCAUUGUACAUGUCAUUUCUGGAAUCCCUCCAAGCACUCCUAGGAACCCGGCCACAUGAUGAUUUUACUGAAGAGUCUCCUCCAGAACUUAGCAUGUAUCCAGAGCAAAUAGACAGGCAAAUGAAAAUUAAGGGAAUUUAUGAUCCUUUACUGAAAAUUAACUUCAUGGACGUCUUUCACUCCUGUAAUGUCCGACUUCAAGGGCCAAUAGAUGAGGAAGACCAGGAUAGCAAAAUGCUGAAUGUGUUGGAGACUGAAAGGUUACAUCCCAUUAACCUAGUCCUAAGGCAGUGCUUGUACCCCCAUAUCACUCACAAGUACUCCAGGGUAUGUACUCGCCUUGUACAGAUCCUCAAGGAGGAGUACCAUUUAAUGGACUAUUUGGCAGCUAUGAGGCAUUUCUUUCUGAUGGAAGCUGGAGAUACAAUGUUUGAUUUUUACUCUCCAAUAUUUGAUAAGAUUCGUCUGAACAGUCACUGGAGAGACAUUUCAACAGUGAAUUUAAUUCUUCAGGAGGCUUUACAGGCACAUUAUCCAGAGGAAACCAGCAGGUUGUAUGUCAGCCUUGAAGACUUGCCAAAGGAUAGACGUCCCAUCAAUAUUACAGACUGCAUCGAGCUUCAUUUCAAGGUUCCAUGGCCAGUGGAUGUUGUCAUCAGUUCCAAGUGUCAGGCCAUAUACAACCAGAUCUUCACGUUUCUCCUGCAGGUUAAGCGAGCUAAAUACUGUCUGGAUGAACUCAGAUUCUGUGAUUUAGAAAAGGACAUUCUCCCACACAAUCAUUCAGGAACAGAGUUCUCGCGUCACCUGGAUGAGGACAUGCCAAGAAAGGGACGUACUCAUAGAAUGCAUGUGCUACGGAUGAGGUUGACCUACUUUGUCAACAGUCUGCAUAACUACAUCAUGACUCGGAUUUUACAUAGCACGGGAAUUGAAUUUAAACAAGACCUGGGAAAGGCAAAAGACUUGGACCAGAUCAUAGCGGUUCACAAUAAGUAUGUGAAUACAAUACACGAGAGAUGUCUUCUGCACAAAAUGGUCAAACUUCUAAAACAAGCAGUGAUGAAUGUCCUCAACCUCAUUCUUAACUUCCAGGCCCUUUGGGAUGAAGGAAUUCAGGAAAUAAGCUUGAAGACUAUUGAAGGAAUGGAGAUUGAGUUUUCCAGGUGUAUACUCUUUCUCUCAACUUUUCUCAACAAUGUCACCAAGAGAGGUUCAUUUCCACAUUGUAAGUUAAAAAAAAAAAAAAAAAUCAGUUAUAUUUGUCCAUAUUGUAGACAAACACACUCUGCAAACUUUUGUAAGUGUUUAAAUGACACAGACGUGUAAGCUCACCUGAGCUGAAAGCUGAAAGGGGGAUAGGGAAUCUCAGUUUUACAUUUAGAUAAAUAGUGUUUAAGGAAUUAUUUUAGAAUCUUCUCAAGAACAGAACCAUGAAUAGUUAUGUAAAUUGCAAGCAUCCCUAUGUAGUGCAUAGCAUAUUCAAGUUUGUUCAAAUUGUGGCCCUCUUAUGUAAGGUGUGGCCACAUCCUUGUGAACUUAACCUAUUUCUAAGAAAACCUAACCUUUAAAUAUCUCUUGACCUACAUUUAAGGUAAGGCUUUCAAAUCUUUUAUAUAGAUACCUUUCAUGUGAUACCAUGUAGUUUGAUCUUGACUUACUUUUAAAACAUAACCUAGUUAAUAUCUUUUGAACUAAAAGCUUUCAUAUUUUGUACAUUUUUUAUGGCAAGACCUUUCAUUUUGUAUCAUAAUCUUGACCUCAAGAACAGCAAGGUCAUGUUGAAACAAGUCUGUUUAUGUCCUGAUCCUUUGGGGCUAGGUUGGGGUCACAAUGGGGUCCAAAUUUUUCAUGGGAAUAAAGAUUGAAAAAAAAAAAUCUUUUAAAAAUGACAACAGCUGAAUAACAAUCUUUAAAUAUUGGCCAAGGUGACUCAUGUGAGUGAUGUGGUCUAUGGGCCUCUUGUUUUGGAAGUCUAAUGGUAACUUUUCUCUGAAUGACAGUACAGUGUAUUAAGAAAUUUUAUGAAAAAUUUGGUACUCUUUACUUUUAUACAAACUUCGACAAUGGAAAACAUUAAUUUAUUAUACAAUUAUCAAAACAAAAGAUGCAAAUAAAGUUUAGUAGAACAAACUUAUUAAAAGUUUCUUGUGAAAAAAUGAAUUAGAAAAAUAAUUACCUCUUUCUUGAUUCAAGGGUGUUGGUGCUGGUUAAACUGUCACAAACCAUGUUUAUGACCGUUGUGAAAUCUGAAGACAGGCUAGUCAUUCUCAUUCCACUCGGGUUUAUUUUGCUUGAUGUUUACCUCCAAUUUCAAUAUUUUUCAAUGUCACUAUCAAAAUCUGGGUCUCAAUAACAUCUUCCUCAAACCUUAGUACCAAUCAAACUGCUGAUUAACAAAGAUGCAUUAGUAUUCUAGUUAACUGUUGUGUACUUUGACUCAAAUGAAUUUUUCUUUUUAGUGGAAUCCCUUGCAUUUGCUUUGGUAACAUCAACAGAACAUCUAACGAAGACAAGAGCACAUGUGACCUAGUGCACUAGAUUUGAAUUAAGAAUUUUCCGUGACAUUCAGUCAUAAGUUAAUGUUUUCACUUGUUUUUGCAUUAUCUGUGAUAUUAUAAAGAUUUGAAGAUUAUCUGAUUGUGAUCAUUAAAAUACUGUACAAGUUGCUAAA